GUAAGAUGUACGUGCAGCUUUUCCAUAAAUGCGGCGGUCGCUUUUGCACUUCCAAAUCAUGCUGGAACAUGCCACUUUAGGCAUUAGAAACAUGCUCCCUUGUAAUGUUCCUUGUCAAGAGUAAUGCGUGCGAUGAGUAUAGAUUUCAUUACAUCCGCACUCAUCGGCUGUAGAACGUCUCACAGAGACUGUCUGAUUUGGCACAUACUCUUCUCAACCAGAAUUAUAACUGCACCCACCUACAGUGUAACCUAUCCGACGAUUCCUGGCAAAUCAUCUUCUCAAAAAGUUAUCAUCCUGCUUAAAUCCAAGACACUUCAAAAUGCUGCUUCGUUUCCACUGGCUCGCGCUUUGGUUGUCAUUUUUGACAGCCCAGGUAGCGAGCAAGAGUAUCUCUGGUGCAUAUGAGAAGAUUUGGUUCUAUUAUGUCUAUGAUUUAGCUUGGAAGCUAGAUGGAUCGAAACAGACUGCCAUCCUCCCAUGGCUGACUAUAAAUAAUCAGAUAACACCGGAAAACAACGGCAACAAAGGAAAGGAUCCUACGAUGAAUGGACAAUUGAAUUUUCAAGAAUUUAUGAACCGCAUGGCGAUUGAUGUUAAAGAACCAGUUGAAGUCAUACUGAACACUGAAAACCUGGAUGCUACAGCAAUGUCUCUGUGGAGAGGAGGAUUUGGUGGAGCAGUCAGGGUUGGGAUUGCCACAAAUACCGGGGCUGGCACGGCCACUACAAAAGUAACAUCAUACAAUAAAUUUAUUGAGGAUCUUGUGGGUGUGGUUACUAGGGCUCGAAAGACUUUGGGAGCUGAUCAAGUAUCUGAUGCCAUGUCUCAAAUGGAUAAACUGCUCAAGUCCAUCAUUACCAUUCGUAGCAGGGAGUUUUGCCUCGACUAUUUGGGGAGGGACAUCAUUGCUGCAUUUCCAGGAACCACAGUUACGUAUGUGGAUGUUCCUGAUCCGAGGAAAGAUCCUGCCACGGGCAAGACGAUUCAAGCAGUCGAUGUGACGGCUACUUUUAGAAAUCCGCGGAACACUACCCCAAUAAUGAGUCAAUUUGGGCCGGGAGUAGGAAAGUCAUACAAAGGUGAUGAAGAGGUUCUAGGCGAGGCGGCCGCUGCACGAAGAGGUUUAUCAGAUGCUGAUUUGGCUCAAUUUGGGGACGCUUUUGUAAAGAGCGAUUCCGAUGUACAAAGCAUCCUUAAAGCUUGUAUCAAAGGAGAGUAGUACAAAAUUUACAAUAUUCGGCGUCAAAAGAAUACAUAGACCACGUUUGUAUGACAGUAAUAAGAUAGACUAUAAAUUACAUAACUUGAUAUCA